AUGCAGUUAGGGGAGCAGCUCUUGGUGAGCUCGGUGAACCUGCCCGGCACGCACUUCUACCCGCUGGAGAGUGCGCGAGGCGGAGGCAGCGGGAGCGCAGGCCACCUCCCUGGCGCGGCCCCCUCGCCUCAGAGGCUGGACUUAGACAAAGCGCCCAAGAAGUUCCCUGGCAGCCUCUCGUGCGAAAGUGGGAGCGGGGAACCCACGGCCGCCAGCGCGGGGGCCCCCGCGGCCAUGCUCAGUGACGCCGACGCCGGGGACGCCUUCGCCAGCGCCGCGGCAGCGGCCAAGCCCGGGCCCCCGGACGGCCGCAAGGGCUCCCCCUGCGGGGAGGAGGAGCUGCCCUCAGCCGCUGCCGCCGCCGCCGCCGCCGCCGCCGCCGCCGCCGCCGCCACCGCGCGCUACUCCAUGGACAGCCUGAGCUCGGAGCGCUACUACCUCCAGUCCCCCGGGCCUCAGGGCUCCGAGCUGGCCGCGCCCUGCUCGCUCUUCCCCUACCAGGCGGCGGCAGGAGCGCCCCACGGAUCCGUGUACCCUGCUCCCAACGGGGCGCGCUACCCCUACGGCUCCAUGCUGCCCCCCGGCGGCUUCCCCGCGGCUGUGUGCCCACCUGGGAGGGCACAGUUCGGCCCGGGAGCCGGCGCGAGUAGCGGAGCGGGCGCGGGCGGCGGCGGUGGGGCAGGCGGCCCGGGGGCCUAUCAGUACAGCCAGGGGGCUCCGCUCUAUGGGCCGUACCCUGGGGCGGCAGCUGCGGGGUCCUGCGGAGGAUUGGGGGCGUUGGGGGUUCCUGGUUCCGGCUUUCGUGCCCACGUCUACCUGUGCAACCGGCCUCUGUGGCUCAAAUUCCACCGCCACCAAACCGAGAUGAUCAUUACGAAACAGGGCAGGCGCAUGUUUCCUUUCUUGAGCUUCAACAUAAACGGACUCAAUCCCACGGCCCACUACAACGUGUUUGUAGAGGUGGUGCUGGCGGACCCCAACCACUGGCGAUUCCAGGGGGGCAAGUGGGUGACCUGCGGCAAAGCGGACAAUAACAUGCAGGGCAACAAAAUGUAUGUUCACCCAGAGUCUCCUAAUACUGGUUCCCACUGGAUGAGACAGGAGAUUUCCUUUGGGAAAUUAAAACUCACCAAUAACAAAGGCGCAAAUAACAACAACACCCAGAUGAUAGUGUUGCAGUCUUUACACAAGUACCAACCCCGACUGCACAUUGUUGAGGUGACAGAGGAUGGCGUGGAGGACCUGAACGAGCCCUCAAAGACUCAGACCUUUACCUUCUCUGAAACGCAGUUCAUUGCGGUGACUGCCUACCAAAACACCGAUAUAACUCAACUAAAGAUUGAUCAUAACCCCUUUGCAAAAGGCUUCAGAGACAACUAUGAUUCCAUGUACACCGCUUCAGAAAAUGACAGGUUAACUCCAUCUCCCACGGAUUCUCCUAGAUCCCAUCAGAUUGUCCCUGGAGGUCGGUACGGCGUUCAGUCCUUCUUCCCGGAGCCCUUUGUCAACACUUUACCUCAAGCCCGAUAUUAUAAUGGCGAGAGAACCGUGCCACAGACCAAUGGGCUCCUUUCACCCCAACAGAACGAAGAGGUGGUCAACCCUCCCCAGCGGUGGCUUGUCACGCCUGUCCAGCAACCUGGGACCAACAAACUAGACAUCGGUUCCUAUGAGUCUGAAUAUACUUCCAGCACCUUGCUCCCAUAUGGUAUUAAAUCCUUGCCCCUCCAGACGUCCCACGCCCUGGGCUAUUACCCUGACCCAACCUUCCCUGCCAUGGCAGGGUGGGGAGGUCGAGGCUCUUACCAGAGGAAGAUGGCUGCUGGACUCCCAUGGACCUCCAGAACAAGCCCCACUGUGUUCUCUGAGGAUCAGCUCUCCAAGGAGAAAGUCAAAGAAGAAAUCAGCUCUUCUUGGAUAGAGACCCCCCCUUCCAUCAAGUCUUUGGAUUCCAACGAUUCGGGGGUAUACACCAGUGCUUGUAAGCGACGGCGGCUGUCUCCCAGCACCUCUAGUAAUGAAAAUUCUCCCUCCAUAAAGUGUGAGGACAUUAACGCUGAAGAGUACAGUAAAGACACCUCAAAAGGCAUGGGGGGGUAUUAUGCUUUUUACCCAACUCCCUAA